AUGCGUGGCUUGGCGCAGGCUCUCCUGCUCGCGCCGGCCCUCGUCGGCGCUGCUCCCUCCAAGAUUGGUAUGGAAAAGGCCGCCGAUGCCUCCCCAUCAACCUUUGUCACCUUUGACAUCCCACCGGGCUUCAACGAGGACCAGACCAAGCCCUACACCCUCCACUUGGAAGUCCUCGAGGCACCUUCCCCAUGCGCCUACCCUAACAUCAAGAUAAACGACAAUGCUCUCUCCCAGGGUGGCCACACCCUCGGCCGUGGCACCUUUGCCGGCGACCAUGACGGCUCAACCUUCAUCGCCUCCUGGUCCGCAACCUGCGCCGGCGACGAGCAGCUCCUCCGCUUCACCCUCGAGUCCCUCUCCGGCCGCACCCUCGCCUCCGACCUCGCCUUCGUCGCCCGCUUCCGCCAGACCGCGCCCGCAGCCAUCAUCGAGGUCGCCGGCAAUGUUCGCACUUCCGACGUCCACCCGCCUCCGCCCUCCCAGACGCUCCCCGAGUUUGAGGGACACCCUCCCCGCCCGGGUGACGACGAGGAUGGACUCCUCGAGGAUCCUCCUUUCCCCCCGCCUCCUCACCACCAUGUUGGCAACCACCCGGACAACCAUCCCGGCGAGCAGGGACAGCGUCCUCCUCACCACCGCCCCGGCCACGACGACGACCAUCGCCGCCCUCACCACCCCGAGGAGCACCCUGAGCUCGACGAAAAGGUCCUGGCAGAGCUCGACGACCUCGAGUGUAUGCGCCACCAGCUCCACGCCUUGAAGCACGCCAUCCACGAGAAGGAAUCCCGCCUCGCCCAAGACCACGGCAUCUUCCCUCCCAGCCACCGCGGCUUCCGCUCCUGCGACUCCUUGAAGUGCGUAAUCGACACCCUUAUGCACCGCGUUCGCGGCGGUGGUGGCCCCGGCUUCCACGGCAAGGGCCGUCACCCGGGAGGCAGAAGAGAAGGCCAUCACCACGGCCGUCGUCCCCACGGCUUCCCCUUCCCCGGGCACGGCGGCAACCACACCAAGGGCAACCAUACCGAGCCCCCGCCACCUGGCCACCCUCCUCCGGGCUUCUGCCACUGCCUGCCGCCCCCUCCCGAUGGACCUCCCGAUGGACCCCCCGAGGAUGCCCCUGAGCCGCCCCCGAGAGGACCUCACCACGGCCCUCCUCCCCCGCCGUUCGACGAGCCUCCUCAUGGACCUCCUCACGACCACCACGGCCCGCCGCCGCCUCCUCCCCCUCCUCCCUUUGACGGACCUCACGGACACCACGGUGGUCCUCCUCCUCCUCCUCCCCCGCCUCCUCAUGAUGGGCCCGGCUCCCACGGCCACCACGGUCCUCCUCCCCCUCCCUUCGAUGGCCCUCACAAUGGCGGUCCUCCCGGUCCCCCCGGCCCUCCGCCCCCGGGGCCCCCUCCCGACUUUGAGCAUGAACACCCCCUUGACCACGAAGGCGACCACCGCGGCCCUCACGGCCACCACGGCGAAGCCUUCAAGGCCACCCUCACAGACUUCUGGUCCCGCAUGUUCACCACCGCCGGCAACCCCGGAGAAGACGAGGAGAAGCAGGCGUUCAUGGACAGCCGUCCCUCCAUUUCCGAGUCUGAGAGGGAUUUCGAGACGAUGGAGAGCAUGACGGAUGAGAUUACCGAGUUCCGGAACGCUGCUACCCUCGUGUCGGAGAUGGUUGCUGCUGAGGAGCGGAGGCAGAGGAUGAGGGAGCAGGAUCAGCAGCAGCAGCAGCAGCAACAGAUGCCGUGCCACCACCAGCACCAGCGCCACAUCGUGCCCUCCCACUUCCAGCGCCCCGCCAUCAUCACCCCGCCCAGCCCGACCACCGCCUUCGCAGAGUACAUGGGCGACGACGUGCUCCCCGCCUACGACGAGCACGCCGCGCCCUCCGUGAUCGUCUCGGAUGGGUUCAGCAGCUACACCCCCGGUUCCAGUGACUAUACCCCCAGCGCGGGGUCGGAUACGGCGUCCAACAUUGAUGAUGUCCUGGGAGAGACCAAGAACUAG